UAUGCGAUACCCGCGGUCCGCCAGCUGAAAUGUUGUAAACUACAGUCGUACGCAGUCAUGAAGUUGCAAGUCAACUCGAAGAUUGACUGGUCAGGGGGGCAACGGUCUUCCUGCUGAGUCCUCACAUCCUCGAUCUUCCUCAAGAAGUUCCUCAGAUCAUCCUGAUUUGGUUCCAUUUCCAAUCCGCCUUGCUCUAAUACCCGCGGCACCAUUGGGCUGCGCUUCGUUCUUCUUUUGUUCAGCAACCCUUACAAAGUGAGGUUUGGUUGUCUUGUCGACUGAAGAUGAAGGCUGGAUUCUUGAACCCGAGCAAGCCUGCUGCUCCUAAAGGAGAUGUUUUCGGUGAUCUGUUAGGGGGUGCCUUCGGUGCAAGCAAACCCUCUGGCCCAAUGAGCGCAGCAAAAACGCCUACAAAGAAUAGCCCAACCCCAGCAACGCAAUCACAAGCCUCAUGGAGCAGUCCCGCCGCAGGUGCUGAUGACUUCCUCAAAGGUCUUGGGAUGCCCGCUGCCAAGCCUGCACCAGCUGCACCAGCUCCAGCUGCUGCGGCGCCAAGCACGGACGAUCUGCUGGCUGCAUUUGCUGGAGGCUCCUCUGUGCAGAGCCGAUUGAGCGCCGGGGUCAGCAGCACAUCAAGCUACUCCACCCCAGGUGAGGCGGCGGCAGACGUUGACAACCUGCCCCCACCUCCUGCCAACGUUGAUGGGGCGAGUGCCACUACAAAGGGCAAUCAAGCGCUGUCCGAGGGGAGCUAUGCUGAUGCCAUCAAGUGGUACACGUGGGCGCUGCAGCUGACCAACCCGUCUGACACAGACACCAUGGUCAUGAUUCUGCUGAAGCGCGCAGAAAGCAACAAGGAGAACGGAGAGCACAAGAAGGCCAUUGCUGACAUGACACAAGCGAUCCAGCUUCAACCGGAUAAUGACAAGGUCAUCUUGAAGCGGGCCUUCCUAUACGAGGGGUCGGAGAAGUACAAAUUGGCACUCGCGGACUAUAAGAAGUGCGUUGAGUUGGGCCAUGCAACGGCCACGAUCGAGAAGUCCGUGACUCGGAUGGAACAGGCGAUCAAGCAGCUUGGCUGAUACACUGUCAAGGAAGCACAGUGCUUGACCGCUUUGAAUUGAGAAUGGAUAUAUCGAGGGGGUAAACAAUUAGACAGGGUUCGAUCUUUCAGGCAGGCUCGAUUUCUAAGAUGAACGGGCCUGAAGAUGAGCUGAGUUUGCGGUGAAACUUGUGGGGGACCUUUGCAAGAAUAAAGCACAGGUAAAGUUCAGCAGGUAAAGAAGACAGUAUACACUUGGUCUUCAGAUUUGACUGAAGUAUGCCAGACGGGGCUGGACAUCAGUCCAAAGGCCUGGACACAAAUGGCUCUCAGCCUUGACAUCAAUCGUAAUCGGCUCUUGUCAAAUUCUCAAGCUGCCGCUUGCUAACCCGUUCAAGUGCGCAGUUUGCCGAAACCACUGGAACUUACUAGCUAAUUCUCUAUCAAGCUUUAAUCCACCAAUCUGGCACUACGGCUGUGCACCUGCCUGUUGAGCG